AUGGCACACACAAUUCUCUCUUUGCUAACUCUCUUUCUUGCCAUAUUCAGUUUAAACCCCACAGUCGAGUGCCAUUCUCGAGCUAGGGCAUAUGUAGAGCAACAAUGUCGUUCUACCUUGUACACUGAACUAUGCAUCCGAACCCUUCUACCCUUUGCUAGCAAAACAAAUGCACCUGCACCCGAACAACUAGCCAGAAUUUCUUUAACCACAUGCCUAGUCAAAGCUCGGAUCACAAAGGCCUACGUGAAUAUGGUAGCAAAAGAGUAUUUCAACAAAACAAAGAAUGCAAGAUACCAUGAAGCAGUGACAGAUUGCUUACAUCAGAUCAAUGAUGGUGUGAAUCAGAUUACACAAUCGGUUAAAGAGCAACAAAGAAUGGUGCAUGAUGGGGAGAAGGAUUUUUCAUGGCAUGAAAGUAACGUGCAAUCAUGGGUUAGCACUGCGUUGACGGAUGUGACAGCAUGUCUUGAUCGGAUAUCAGAUAAAGCCAUUGGAGGUAAGGAAAAGGGGAUGAUUAAAGCGAGGGUGUUGAAUGUUAAGCAUCUUGCUAGCAAUGCUCUUGCGUUGUUUAAUAAGUUUACAACAAGACACCGUGGAUCUCGUGUGAUCAAGACUCCUUAG